CUAUUAUUGCACAGGAGCCUCAGCCCAAUUUGUAUUGACUCAGCCAGCUUCUGUAACAGCACGUCUUGAAGAAAAGGUCCAGAUCUCCUGCACGAGGAGCAGUGGAGCUAUGUCUGGUUACUAUCUGGUGCUGGUGAUAGGAGACUUUCACAUCCCACACCGAUGUAGCAGCCUUCCGGCCAAGUUCAAAAAGUUGCUAGUUCCGGGCAAGAUCCAACAUAUCCUUUGCACUGGGAAUCUGUGCACCAAGGAGAGCUAUGAUUAUUUGAGGACGCUGGCCGGAGAUGUCCACAUUGUUAGAGGAGACUUUGAUGAGGGCAUGAGUUACCCCCAGCAGAAAAUUGUCACCGUUGGACAGUUCAGAAUUGGUCUGAUCCAUGGCCAUCAAAUUAUACCUUGGGGGGAUCUGGCCAGUUUGGCGAUCCUACAGAGGCAGCUGGAUGUGGACAUCUUAAUAUCUGGACACACUCACAAGUUUGAGGCAAUAGAACAUGAGAAGAAGUUCUACAUCAAUCCUGGUUCAGCCACGGGGGCCUACAACGCUCUGGAAAGGGAUAUAAUUCCUUCAUUUGUUCUGAUGGAUGUUCAGGCCUCCGUGGUGGUUAAUUAUGUAUAUCAACUCAUUGGGGAUGAGGUGAAAGUAGAAAGGAUUGAAUACAAGAAAACCUGAAACGGAAUGAUUUUCCCUGGGUGUCUAUUUCAGCUAGAAAGUUUAGCAAAGUCUUUAAGUCCAUUGCACCCGUUCAUCUUGGGUUGU